AUGGAAGGUCAAACCACAUCGAGUCCAACCACUGGAUCUAUUCAGAAGAAGAGAACUACACGAGCCUGUAAUAUUUGCCGUGCGCGGAAGGUCAAGUGCGAUGGCAAUGUACCAUGCAGCAGAUGCUUGGACAAUCACGUUGACUGCAUCUAUCCGGGUGGGGUCAGGUCGCGUUCAGACAUCAGACCGAUAGCUCCCAGGCCUAUAAAAAGACAACACUUGUCAAGUGUCCAGACGAUUCAAGAACCAGAAUUGAAUAAUCGCGCUUAUGACGACCCGGUGACUCACAAGAAACAGCAGGAGCUAAGAGCUGGAAUCGGUGCCUUUGACAGCAACACCGACGCCUAUCAAUUCUAUGGACCAAGUUCUCAUUUCUCUUUCGUGCAGCGCCUAUACCAGCGUAUUCGGCGUCAAAGUAAUGCUCCGCUCAACGAGUCGCGUCAAGUACCAGAAGGUCUGAGAAAUUGGGGCAUCGAACGUCAGAUAUUUACCCAUGGCGAUGAGAGCUCAUCGCACCAGGCCACAAUUCCAGAUGGCAGCUUUCUGCCAAAGGAGCUAGGUGACGCCUUUAUUUCGUCUUAUUUCACGAUUAUGCACCCCCAAGGCCCCAUACUUAUUGAGUGCGAUGUCCGGCAUACAUGGGAGGUCCUCUGGAGUGGACCUGGUCUCGCGCCUGACCGUAGCACGAAGUUCGCCAAGGAGAAAUCAAUUCUAUACAUGGUCCUAGCCAUUGGCGCCAGGUUGACUGACUCCCCUGCUUCGAACGCCUGGGCUCAACACUUUUACGAGCGUGCCGGUGUACCCACGGACUGUUUCGAAGAGACCUCUCUACUUGGGACUCACCUUGUACUACUAAGGGCACAAUACGGAAUGCAAAUUGGAAGGCCAAAUAUGGUUUAUCUCUAUCUUGGACACGCUUCGCGAUCCGCCAUGGCUCUAGGCCUCCAUCGUGCCCAAGUAGUCGCAGGGGACAAUCCGUUCUUGAAUCGGCUUAGACUAACGUUCUGGACGAUAUUCUAUAUGGAACGAAUGAUGUCCAUGUUCACCGGCAGGCCUUCUUGCUUUCUCGACCAUUCGAUUGACGCUCCUUAUCCUGACGACCUUCCUCGUUCAGAAGACGGAUCGCAAAACAUCGAAUACGCAUAUAUCAGGGCGAUGGCUGCUCUCGGCAAGAUUAGCGAAAGGAUCAUGAGGGCACAGUACUCUCCCACCAGAGAGACAAGAGUCGCCGACCUGACAGAACUCAACCGUAUCAACAAUGAAUGCACGCAAGCUUUGCGUGAUCUCUUGGACACUCUACCUUCGUACCUGCACUUCUUCGACGACAAAGCACCGGUUGGUGUCCCAUGGCAAGAAGUGCAAAGGAGCCAUUUGGGCACCACCUACCGGGUCGUGUGCAUCUUGAUGAUGCGACCAGCUCUAGUCUACACCACGUUCUUCGAUUCAAGACAGCAAGCCCAGGAGAGUAUAGGCGAUCGCAUUGACAUCCAACGAGACAUUGACGUCACUGUGUCAUCCGCCAGAGACCUCAUCUCUCUGGUCUACGACAGUUUUUUCGACCGCUGCCCUACCAUGAGGAGAGAUGGAAACAUGGUCUACUUCAUCGUCUCUGCAUGUCUAGUCCUCCUCUUCGACGUCCUGGACACCGAAACAACACCCGCGCACGCCAAAGACGUGUUCCAAGCAGUGGAGAAAGGCUUGAAAUGUCUAGACAAUAUCAAUCACAUUGGUUCGACAACAGGCCGAGCCAUAAGUCUGGACGUGAUGAAGAUCGCAAAGGAUGCUCUCAAGUCAACUGAGCCGACCUCUGACCUGGGUACGAACUUGAUGGAGUCGUUCACUUGGCUCAACAACGAGAUGUUUGAUCAGAGCCCGUAUGACUCUGCGAGUUCGUGGCUCUACAAUUCUCUCGGUAUGCCUUCGUUUGAUUACAGCGCUGUUGGUAUGACGGAUCUGUUUGGGCCUAGUGGUAUGGACCUUAUCACGCCCAUGGAUUCAAAUCAGAUAGUGCUUGAUGUGUUGGGUUCGGGACUGCAGGUCGCGGAUGGCAGUUAUGUUCCGUCACAGCCGGUAUCUCGAGAGCUGUAG